UGUAGUCUAUGAAUAGCAUUCUCACAUAGUUAUUUCCCCUCUUGUCCAGGUGGAAGAGGGCAGUGUGAAGUGCAAUUGAGAUUGCGUAAUCUGUGGAUUUGUUUGGGCUGUACGCAAAUUGGAAUGGGUCUAGGGUGUCUGGGAUAAUGGUGUUGAUGUGUGUCCUAACCAGCCUUUCAAAUCACUUCAUAAUUACAUACGUGAGAGCUAAAAGGCAAUAGUCAUUUAGGCAUAUUACCAUGGCGCUCUUGGGAACAGGGACAAUGGUGGUCAGUUUGAAACAUGUUAGGAUUAAAGACUGGGACACGGAGAGAGGUUACAUGAUCUGGAGAAACAGGGGCUUUCACGCAAGGCAUAGUUUUAUAUUCUUCGAAGCGAGCAUUAAAGGCAUUUAGCUCGUUUGGGAGAUCUGCAUCGCUGCUCAACUCAUGGCUGGGUUUCCCUUUGUAAUCCAUCAUUGUCUGCUUUCCCUGCAUAUACAUAUUACGAACGUCGGUGUAAUAGGAUUCCACCUUCCUCCUAACUUGUCCUUUUGCAUGUUUGAUGUCUCGUCGUCGGUCGUAGCGGAGGGCUUUCUUGUAUGCGUCCAUGUCCGUGUCCCGUUCCUUGUAAGCUUUAGCUCUAGCUUUUAGCCCAGUGUGCAUUUUGCCUGUAAUCCAUGUUUUUGAUUUGGAUACGUUCGUAUAGAAAUUUUGGGGAUGAUGUCAUCUAUGCACUUAUUGAUGAAGCUCAUGACUGUCCUGGAUAAAUCCCGGAACAUAUCCCAGUCUGAAUUUGAAGGCAUUCAGUUGUACAACUGACUAGGUAUCCCCCUUUCCCUUACGAGCAAAACGGUUUUAUAGCUUCGCGUGUCCUUCAUCUGACCUCUUCCAUAUUGAGCGCAUCACUGGUACUUCCAUGUGUGUGUGCAUACUGUAUGUGUGUGUGUGUGUGUGUGUGUGUGUGUGUGUGUGUGUGUGUGUGUGUGUGUGUGUGUGUGUGUGUGUGUGUGUGUGUGUGUGUGUGUGUUUUAGGGAAGACAUUGCAGAGUGUGUGUGUUGGAGCAGGCAGAUAAAGCUCCAGUCUGGGCCUUUAUAAGAAGUCUCAUAAAUCCUGCGGGUCCCCCCAAUCUGUGGGCCGUGUCGGAUGACAUUUGGCCUGUGAAAGCCCAGCCCCAGAAAGGCCAUCGCUCUGUCACUAAGGCUCACUCAUGCAUGCUUUGAUUCCGUCUCAGUGGUAGCGGUAGUAAAGGUGUUAAUAGAUGCACAUUCAGUAUGCUGAGAAAGACUGCCUUAAACCCCUAUUAUCUGCCAAUGACAGAAUUAGCAUUAGUGGCUCCUCAUCGCCCCACACCCCUGUAAAUGACACACCGUUAAAACCUGCUCGUUAUAGCUGCAAGCCAGCACCCAGACACAGGCCUACCUACCUGUUGAUUCCUUUUAUCAUAGUGCCAGUGCCACCCAUGUGAAGGGCCAGCCUCUAGAUAGAGAGGAAGCCGUCAUUGGUUCACCACAUUUCCAUACAAUGCUGCUGUAAAGUGUGUGGUUCAAUGGGCUUCCUGUCACAAUGGUAAUCGAAAAGGCACAGAGGGCAUGUCAUGUCACAUGGCAUGUGUGUGUUUUAUUCAUGGUCUUAUGGUCAUGUUUGUUUGCCCACGGACUACUUAGCUUAAAGGCUCUUAAAGCCUCUCCUAGAUCACUGGCCCAGCAUGGCCCGUAUGGUAUAUCACUGGUAAGCUGGAAACUCCAUAAUGGGCAGACAGAUUUGUUGUGCUGUUAGCACUAAUCUGGGUAGUAUUUUUGUUUUAUGGCGUAGGAUAACUGCCCUUAUCAUAGCAAUCCUCCAUUCCCGGAGCGCCCCGGAUUUGUUGUCAUAGCUUUUCCAUAGUACAUCACUUCUCUGUAGUAGAUAUUGUUUCACUACUUUAUUAUGUCUGAUUAUUGCAAGCUAAACGCUAAUAAGCUCUUGCCUUAUCAGUCAGAUAAUUAGCUUUUUAUGUUAAUCCAUAACAUCGUGUUGACCCUAUGUAUGACCAAUUUUCAUAGACUUUGAAUAAUAACCUAAUCAACUUCAUAUAAUUAUUCUGAACGUGUUUCCCGGGAUUUUACCAGUUUCAUAAAAAUGUGUCUUUUUACUCACACUGGUGAAGAAGAUAACCUCAUCAAUCAUGUCUGCCCACAGACCGUGGACCACUUAUAACAAACACCAGUUUGUCUGGGGUUUUGCCUAUGUCUGAGGACAACCCACCCAGACACAGCUUUAAAUCUGAUCAGGGUCCUACAAUAAUAUACAUCCUCUUAGAUAGACAAAGCAUCUCCUUUAUCUCUCUGAAGAUGGCUGAAGAUUAAAAAGAAGUAACAGAGGCAAUGUAAAAGAAAAUAUUCAAAACGCUCCAAUUGCCAUAACAACUAUAAAGACACAUCGUUUUUCAAAGAUCCAAAUGGAUGAUCAGUGAAGGGAUCUUGUAAUUGUUUCCACUAUAGAACAUCCAUUCUAACAGAACAAAUAUAUAUUCAAGUACUUUAAUUGUCUUCUCUUGUUUUCUGCCUGUGCUGGCUGUUGAGUUGGCCCGAACAUCUGACUAACUGCGACAGCCUUUAGGUCCUUCUCUCUCUUUUGUCUUGGUGCUUAAUGAAAGAUGCAACUGGGAUCCUGCCAGGCAGGAAUGUUGAGAGGUGCUCUGCUCAGCACUGACCCCGUCUGUCACUCUGCCACUCUCAGGUUCACAGACUGCAGGUAGGGUUUGUGUGUGGCUGUGUGGGUGGAUGGAGAUAGACUUAUCUCUGACCUGAACAGAUGCCAAGUGUUUAAUUAAACUCAGUGUCGUUCCAAUCCCAGCAUGCUGUGGCUAAGCCAGGCCCGGGCUCAGGACUCUGUUCUGAGGGGUGGAGGGCGGAGAGGUGACCCAGCUGCCACCGGGGGCUCCGCUGUCCCGCUAGGUGUUAGAGUGCUCCAGGAUAAGCCCCCCACUCACAAAGGACCCGGCUAGCCGUUGAUGGACCCUGCUUACACUCAUUAAACCUGGACUGGACCUCUCACCACCACUCCUGGGACUGUUGUAAGGCAGGAGGGUAGUGUGAUAUCAAGGUCUGGCUUAAAAUGUUUAUAAGAGAGAAAACUCAAAUACAUUUGAGAGAAAACUCUUGUAAAGUGAGUUCAGUUUCAUGGUCUAUUUUUGACACAUAUCAGCAGUUGCGUUUGUUGUUGGUACCCACUGAUAUAUAACUAUUUCGAUAUUGUUUCAGAAAGUUAAAUACAAUCAAGUAGGAGAGAUGAAUGAAGAGAAAGAUGAACAUCAACAUUAUUAAGUGAGAGGGAUAGAGGAAGGAGGGAUGUAGAAGAAAGAGAGGGCACUAGAGAGACAGACAGUCCGUGUCAGUGAAUCCAAGCCAUGUUUUCCUGGCCGCUCUCUGCAGGGGAGAUUACUCGGCCUUACUCCAGCCAGGCAAACUCUGUCCCCAGAGAGCUCAGUACUGACUACUGACCACGCAUGGAGGUCCUGCAGCACACUUCCAGCUAACUUCAGAGCAGAGAGCUGAUCGGCUGGACCAGUAUGCUGGGAGGGGAUCCUGUGGAGGAGUGACAGGCAGCAGUUCUCAGGCUGGACGCUGUGUGAGACAGUGGGUCCCUUCACCGCCAUGGAGUUUGGGAGGUUUCAUUCAAAGUACCAAAAACCUUUGCUGCUCAUCAUGAUGACAUUCAAACUGGGUAUACUGUGCACAGCAGCAGCAGACAAGUGUCUGUCGGCCCCGUGUCAGAAUGGCGGUACGUGUCUCGACCAAAUGGGCAACUACACGUGUCUCUGUCCCAGAUGGCCAGUCCGCUAUAUGGGCAAGGACUGUAGGGAGCUGUAUGACCCCUGUGUCCAUGAUGCGCCAUGCACCAACUGUACCAGCACACUGGGCACAGAGGUCUACACCUGCCACUGCCCCGACAACUUCGCAGGGACCAACUGCACACUCAACAUCAACAUCAAGUGUGAGAGCAACCCAUGUAAGGGUGUCAGGUCCCAUUGUGUGGACAGGGUGGAUAGCUACACCUGCCACUGUCCCCCUGGCUAUGGAGGAGAUCACUGCCAGGCGAGGGACUGCACUGAGGAGCCGUGCCACAAUGGUGCCACCUGUGUUGACACAUCGGAUGGGUACCAGUGCCAGUGCGUCCCAGGCUUCCAGGGGAGGGACUGUGAGGAGAACAUGGAUGACUGUAAGUCACUCCCUUGUCAGAAUGGAGCCAUCUGUAAAGAUGACGUCAACGGAUACCAGUGCUUUUGUGUGCCUGGUUUCCAAGGCUACCACUGCGACCUGGACAUUAACGAGUGUGUGUCGCGGCCGUGCAAGAACAAUGGGACCUGUGUCAAUGAGGUGGACCGCUAUGAGUGCAAAUGUCUGCUAGGGUUCAAAGGGGUGAACUGUGAAGUGGAGAUCGAUGAGUGUGAGGAGCAGCCCUGCCAGCAUGGAGCCACCUGCCACGACCGUGUGGGCCUGUACACCUGUGAGUGUGUUUCUGGGUACGAGGGCCGUGACUGUGAGCUGGACAUUGAUGAGUGUGCCAGCGGGCCGUGUCUCAACGAGGGCAACUGUACAGACCUGGUGAACAGCUAUGAGUGUGACUGCAACGGGACAGGCUUCACAGGAGAGCAAUGUGAGGUGGACAUCUCAGAGUGUGCUUCGGACCCCUGCCAGAAUGGAGCCACCUGCCUAGAGGGGGUCAACCAAUACGACUGUGUCUGCUGGACAGGUUAUGAAGGGAAGAACUGUCAGGUGGAUAUUGAUGAGUGUGAGCUGCAGCCCUGUGAGAACGGAGGAGAGUGUUUCCAGCGCUCAGAGCUGCUGCACUACGGGGUGCUGUCUGGACUGGAUGACAGGGAGUUCAACUAUGAGGAAGCAGCUGGGUUCCUCUGCCACUGUCAGCCUGGGUUUGCUGGUGAGAGCUGUGAAGAGAAUAUAGACGAGUGUGAGUCUGCUCCAUGUCAGAACGGAGGGAGCUGUGAGGACCUGGUCAACUCAUACCAGUGUGACUGCCCACCUGGGUUCACAGGUAUGCACUGCGAGGUAGACAUUGACGAGUGUGAGAGCGAGCCCUGUCAGAAUGGCGGGUCCUGCAAGGACGCCGCCAACUCCUACACCUGCAACUGUGUGACGGCGGGUCCAGGGGAGGAGCCAUGGGGUGGCCAUAACUGUGACGUCCGUCUGAUUGGCUGCAGGGAACACCUGUGUGAGAACGGAGCCACGUGUGUGCCCAUCCUAAGCCAAAAAGAGCACAGUGGGGAAGAUGGGGAUGAACAAGAGCAUGACCACACCUGCCUCUGUCACCCUGGCUUCACUGGGAAGCACUGCAGCAUUCCCACCACCUUCUCCUUCAACAGAGAGGGGUAUGUCCUUAUCCAGCUCCCUCCUACAGCUAACAGGACCAGUAGAGGGAUUGACCCCCAGCACCACCACCUCCACUAUGGGAUCCACGUCCAGCUGCGCUUCAGGACCACCCUGGCUGAAAUGCUGCUGUUCUACAGAGGGGCUGAGGACUACAGUGUGUCCCUGGAGAUUGUGAGGGGCCAUAUCCAUGCUAGAGCUGGAUCAGGGAAGGAGCUACAGGCCACCUACCAUCUCCCUGUCAAUGACGGAGACUGGCAUGAGGCCAAAGUGACCAUGGAUGAGAAGCUGGUGCUGAUGGUGAAAGGACCAGGCUGUGACAAUGACGGGGGUUGCACAGUGGAGGACGAAGGACACAACCAACUGAUCUUCUUCCAACCUGGAUCAUUCCCCCAGGUCUAUGUGGGUGGGGCCCCCCAGAAGUAUCUGGACAACACAGAGAGUAGGAAGGGUUUCAUUGGCUGCAUGGAGGAUCUACAGGUUGACCACCAGCUGCUACUGCCUCAGGAUAUCUCUCCAGAGCACGUCCAAGACAUGGAGCUGGGCUGCAACAAGACCGACUGGUGUCAUCCUGAUCCUUGCCAUCAUCGUGGGCAUUGUAUUGACCUGUGGACUAGCUUCAGCUGUGCGUGUGAUCGACCCUAUCACGGCUCCCUGUGUGAAGAAGAAUACCCCUCAUGGACAUUCAGUAAUGAAGACACUGUGAGCUAUGCUACCUUCAACAUCAACCAAACGGACGGGGAGAACUUCAACAUCUCCUUCUUCCUGCGCUCUCUGAAGCCUAGUGGCCUGCUCCUCCAGCUGCGGAGAGGGAGCAGGGCCUACCUCACCCUGUACCUGCGGGAGGGAACCCUGGUCUUCAACAGCCCCCCCACCACCCUGUUCUCUAACGGUACCUACAUCACCAGCGGACAGAGGGAGCUGGUCACUGUGGUGGUACGCCAGGGUCAGGUAGGGUUCAGUCAGGGUGGGACACAGUUAUCCCUGGGGCGGUUGAGGAUGGAGCAGGGGGACGUGGUGUACAUGGGGGGUCUGCCACCGGGGGAGUCCACUGCCCCCUGGGGAGGUCACUUCAAAGGCUGCUUACAGGACAUCACUCUGGACCACAUGCACCUGUACCUUCACCUCCCAGAGGAGUGCCACACCCACGAAGCGUUCGAGUGCUACAUCCCAAAACAAUCGGAGAACAUGUUGGAUGGCUGUGUCAGUGAUGAGGCAUGCAAGGCUGGUCCCUGUCAGAACGGAGGAACGUGCACAGUCACCUGGAAUGACUUUGAGUGCACCUGUCCCAUGAACUUCUCUGGCAGACGAUGUGAUACACGCGUGUGGUGUGUCAGCGACCCCUGUGUCGUGGGCAGCCAGUGUGUGGAUCUAGUUGACGGUUACGAGUGCCUCACCAACGCCACCUUUGAGAGCAACGCUCUGCAGUUCACAGCUAAUGGCUCGCUGAUUGCCACGGUGACCAGUGUCUCCAUGGAUAUACGUACUCGGGAGGAGAACGGCGUGCUGCUGCGGGCCACUAACGGAGCAGAGGUCUUCUGUCUGGGUUUGCUCAACUCCUCCCUGCUGGUCAAACUACUGAGCGGCAACAGCCUGGAGCUACAGGCCUUCACCAGCAACCUGCCCAUCUCAGACGGGGCCUGGCACCACCUCCACCUGGCCAUGACAGACCCCCUGCAGCCUGUGUCCCGCUGGCGCCUCACUGUGGACGGGCGCAGGGCUGGCAGCACCAUGGGCACGGCCGGGCACCUCAACUUCCUCAACAACACCACCGUGUGGCUGGCAGAGAACUACACAGGCUGUCUGGGAGAGGUGAGGGUGGGAGGAAUCUACCUACCUCUGUUGGACAACCAAGAUGCCCCCCAGGCAGCCCGGUUUAUCAGACAGGGGGGGCAGGAGAAUAAGAUGGGGUGUGUUGCUACUGAUGUGUGUCAGUACCAGCCCUGCCUCAACCAGGGCACCUGCCAGGACCUCUGGAACCUGUUCAACUGCAGCUGUUCCCCGGGCUGGGAGGGAGAGUUCUGCCAGAGGGACACAGACGAGUGUGUCUCAGGCCCCUGUGCCCACGGCACCUGCACAGACCUGCUGGCAAACUACCAGUGUGAGUGUCACAAAGGAUGGGGGGGCAGGGACUGUGAGGAGGAGGUGGAUGACUGCCUGGAGCACAGCUGUAUGAACGGGGGCUCCUGCCUAGACGGGACGGGUACCUACCAGUGUGUCUGCCCCCCUGGAUACACCGGCCGCCGCUGCCAAUGGAGAUUCCCUCCGCAGCAGUGUGAUGAAGAGACACAGUGUGAUAACGGUGGGGUCUGCGUGGAUGGGAUCUGGGGUACCAACUGCACCUGCAAACCUGGCUACACUGGAGACUGGUGUGAGGCAGAGAUAGAUGAGUGUGAGUCCAGACCCUGUCUCAACGGUGCUACCUGCCUGGACCGACUCAGCAGCUUCCAGUGUAUGUGUGUGCCGGGCUUCAGCGGCACACAGUGUGAAAGCAAUAGACAGGAGCAGAGGCAGCGUGUUCCCUGGCUGGUGGUGGCCAUCCCUCUGGCCAGCUUGUGUUUGCUGCUGGCUGUGGUGGCCCUGGUGUUCAUGGUGCUGACCGCACGCAAGAAGCGCCAGUCGGAGGGCACCUACAGCCCCAGCGCCCAGGAGGUGGCAGGGGCACGGCUGGAGAUGGGCAGUGUACUCAAAGUGCCCCCCGAGGAGAGGCUCAUAUGAGCCCCACACACAACAGCAACACACACUACCUUCACUCGGCUACAGGUCGGACACCUAGCCUCCCUGGCUCAGACACACAACCAGACACAGGCGAGGACUGGUCAGACUCACUAAGAGGUGUCCAGCGUGUGAAAGGUCACCAGUGGUGUGGACAUGUGCCCUCACAGUGAUGCCACCGCCAUACUGCUGCUGCUGGGUCAUGGGGUUGGGGGUGGUUCAACCCGGAACUAAUCUCUUUAUAGAAAGAGGUGAUGUGGUCUGUCUGAGCCGCAGAGAAGGGCAGGAUAGAGGAUGAAAGAGCUCUCGUCUCCCAAGACUUGGGCACUGCUGUCCGGUUGAGUCUAAUCAGCUAGUCCCCUCCAUGGAGCGAUGAACCAUACUGGACUCCAGUGUCUCUCUAUACAAUAGCUACCUGUGUACAUUCUGUACCCCACAUUGAUUAUGUGUGAGUUCACUCUAAUGACCAUUUUGAUGGUAAAACAUUGUAUUUUUCUCUGGAUGUGCACUAUACCAAUAAUGUUCUUUCCGACUCCGUGUAAAUACUGUAAUGGUCUUAUUUCUAAAUCUAUGAUGUGUUUUUUGUUCAUGUCAUUGUCUGUGCAAAUGUAUGAGGUGCUCCUAAAACUCCUGGAUUGAGACCACUUAAAUGCUAUCAGCCAUCUCAAACUCUGAUGCCACAGUAUUCAGACAGGAUACAUUUACCCAAACCUACACUCCUGUCAGUCUCUUAAUCUAUCCUCACCAGAGCCACUACUUAACCAGCCAAGUGAUCAAUGGACGUUUUCACUGUCCACCGGAGGUGCUGAAGCUAGAUAUUGUGCUCUAGGUCAUUUCUGUAUCUAUGGAUGAUGUACCACAUGCAUAUACUGUAACUACGCUGAAUGAAAGCAACACCUAAUUAGCUUGAAAUGAAGUUUAUGCAACCCCACACUAAAGGCAAGUAAUUGAAAGAUAGUUCAUUGUCAUGAAUUGACUUCCACAUGACUUUAUGAAUGAGUUUGUAUGUGCCUUCCUUACAGAAUGGAUGGAAUGCUGAGAAACACAACAUUUGACUCUUGUACAUUCUACAUUGGAUAUGGUAUCUAUCUAUAUGUUGAUUUUUGUGUGGCCCUAUCUAAAAUAUAGUUGACUGGAGGGAACUAUGUGUUGUCUCAAAGGAAAACUCACUGUGAUGAUCGUGUUGACGUCUGUGUGGAGUGCUGUAGAGCAGUAUGACAGACCGACAAAGAGACAGAGCAGGUUUCUGUUUGUGCUCUGUCGGUCCUCCCCCUCCCCUUCCUGCAGGGCUAGGUGAUGCAGUACAAUCCAGGGAGACAUGUACUGACAAUUCACUGAUGUUAGCGCUGCUCCAGUGUUGGAUUAUACAGAGUACAUUCCAGGGUUGGGAUCAACUACAGUCAAUUCACAAAGUGAACAUUGCCCAGUGAAUUGUCAAUUGAAAACGGAAUUGACCCCAACCCUGGUACACUCUGGAUUCGCAUCUACAACAGGGGAUAGAUUGGACUGAUCUGGAUUUGAGUUCUGAAUAGUGUGGUAGGAGCUUACACUGGACGCACCUCGUCUCAGGCAGAACCAACUACAGUGUAACGAACAGCAAGGUAUGCUGGGUAGGCUACACUGGUAUGUAUAGGGAGUAUUCUGUGAUUAUUCUGGAAAAUGUGAUUGGGUAGCAACACUGUAACAUGAUGCAAUUGUAAACAGUGUGAUUUAUUCAAAACUCUAAAGUUUCUAUUGGAUGUCAACAGUUAAACUGAUGCAAAAGAGAAUGAUAAUUAAAGCAACACCAUGAAAUUAA